AUGUCCAAAUCGCUAGAGCUCGAAGAUGGCUUCAAAAAAUCUUGCGCGGAUUUCGAUCAGAACGCUCUUGAAUUGAACAAACAAAUACGAGCAACACAAGAAGAGCUUCAGCAGCAUAAGGAAAAGAAUGACGGGCACAUUGCAGAGUUGCAGGGGAUUCAAGAGAGGCUGAAGAAUAUUACAAAGAAGUUACAGGAGACGGGUGCUGAGCACAAAGAUUGUUGUGGAUUGGUUGGGUUUGGUGGUGGAGAUGAAGAUAGAGAUGGGAAUGGAAAUGGAAAUGGAGAUGCAGAUAAGAACAUAGAUGGGAAGGUGGAAGGGUCUUGA